CCCACCCAGCAGACGACCUCGACCAUCUUAGUAGCGUAACCGACCCAAAACAAAACUGCAGCCGUGCGGACCUCACCCCAUAUACAACCUUUAUCGGGACCAGCGACGUGCGAGGCGAGGUGGUGACGGCGGCACGCGCACACAAACACCCAUACUACCUUCUUCUAACACCAAUAUGCCUUAGAGAUACCUUGGUGGCUUGUACUAUCACCAAAUCGCCACCUGUGCCGUGCCUGUCAUAAUUCAACCAUUAUCUGCUCCUGCAUCGCAUCCUCGGAACGAAAGCGAAGAUUAGAUACUUGAGAUAAGGAGAAGGAGGAUAAAGCGGCGAGAACACUACGCAUUACUUCAGGGGCUUCGCUCAGUGACAGUUGAUAAGACGGCGGUGGUAGCAUGAAGUAAUGGAGAGUAUGGGCGUGAAGCCACGACCCAAGCCCCUUUUGGUGGCUGCAGUGGUGGUGGUAGCGGUGGUGGCGGCGGGUCCUGGCGCCGUGACAGCCUCCUCCCGGAACAACGAAAGGCUUUACUCCUCCCUGCACGAGCUGACCAAUGUACUGCGAGAGGGCUUCAGCACCCUGGCGGAGGGACUGCGGCAGGAGAGGGCUAGCCGGGAGGACUUCACUCGCUUCAUGAAGGCAGAGGUAGUGGGAAUCCGUAGAGCUGUGCAGGGCCUGUGUCGCGGCGUGCGGGUUUUAUCUGGCGGCAGCGACGAGGCGUGUCUGGACCAGGGAGGUGAGGGCGACGGUGCAAUGCAAGGCGCGGGUCACGGCGGGGAGCGAGGGGGCGGAGGGACGGAACUGACAUCCUUGGGAGGCAGCGGUCACUCACAUGUCAACGUUCAUGAAAAGAUACAUUCUAGGGACCGUCAGCCGACGCCGACAGCUCCGCCUCCUCCAGAUCCUAUGGCCUGCCCGUCACCCUACCAUAGGUUUGGCAACUACUGCCUCACGCUACUUCGGGAAAGGGUCAACUGGGAGGAGGCUCGGGCGCGGUGCCACAGCUUCGCCCAGUCUCUAGGCGCGGCGGGCGAGGGGGAUCUGGCUGUGGUGGAGGACAUGGACACCUUUAAAGCCUUCGUGGCCAAGACAGACUUCCAACCUCCACAGCCGCUCAACCACCACCGCCGCUACCACCACCACCACCACUACUGUCAUCGUCACCACCACAACCCUCUCAACUCCUGCUUCUGUCCGGCAGGUGAGGCCCCGUCGGGGAUGGCGCUGGUGGGCGGAUCGGCUGACGGGUGGGGCGGUGCGUGGGUGUGGGUGGACGGCUCCCUCAUCAAGCAGCUCCCAUGGCUGUACUCACAGACGGGGCAUGAGGGCACGGUGCUGGCGGUGGACAGGGACGGCAUCUUCCACACGAUCAUCAGAAGGACAGCUCUGUGGCCGCUCUGUCAACUCAAGUAGCUCCUCAGGUCGUCUGUGUCGUGCGAUCGCUUCUGUCGUUGUGUACUCGUCCCUACCAGCCCUCACCAAACCUCCUCUCCCUUAUAGCUUGUGAAUAGUCUCAGUCUCGGUCUCAGUCUCUCUCUCUCUCUCUCUCUCUCUCUCUCUCUCUCUCUCUCUCUCUCUCUCUCUCUCUCUCUCUCUCUCUGGGUUAGUCUGUGUUUAAUUAUUGUCUAUUCUUGUCUUGUUUAUACUCAUGUUGAUUAAGUAAUCCUUCUAAGCCGAGUUCCUCACCCCCUCUCUCUCUCUUGGUUUAUUUAUAUUAGAAUCACCUUUUCAUCAGUCUGUUUUUGUCCUGCCUAUAUAUAAUACAACUAUUAAUUUGCAUGUCAUUCAACGCCGGCAGCUUGUGUAUGUAUGUUAGCCUUCAUCUGUCACUUCUGUUCUCCCCCCCCACACACUCUGGCCUCAGAUUACAAUGAAUGUUUUUCUUCCUUAUUGUCCUGAGAAGGACGCCACCCUGAUUACAUUCGUCUCCCUCUCCUGGACUCGGUUUUCUGUAUGUCUAAGUUUGGUUUUCUUUUUCCAUGUCCCGCUUUAUGCCUGCGCAUCGAUACCCCUCUCUCUCUCUCUCUCUCUCUCUCUCUCUCUCUCUCUCUCUCUCUCUCUCUCUCUCUCUCUCUCU